GUCAACAAAGAUUUCACAUUGAUACUGGCUGCCUUUUUAUCUGAAGUGUGACACUUAACUGAUCGUGGCUUCAUAGACAACUUUAUCAUUCUCUGUCUCUCGUUGCUGGUGUUCUGCGAACAAGUCCAGAUUGAUCUGAGAUGCCCAAGCAAGGGAAGUCCGAUGCAGAAUGGAAGACGAGAUUGCGAGAAUACGCGGAAGGGAAAUUUUAAUUUGGGCAAGGUCAGCGGCCGCCAAAGAAUUCCAGGUGGGCAAAAGAUAUAGGGCUCAUAGAGAAGUGCCCUGUGUUAUGUAAAACAAAUUUCUUCGGAGGAAUUCCAGCGUGUAACUGUGGAUACUACAAUUCUUUUACACCGCCACACAUGUCUACUGUAGCCGUAGCUAAGACCGUUGUUCUGAAUGACACGGUUUCGGCAUUGCCAGCUAUACAACAGCCAACUCAUAUUUCACAAUCAGUAGAAGUGUUGAAAGCAGUACCUACUGAAAACAUCCAACCACAAGUACAGUUUGUCGCACCAGAUAGCUCUUCACAUCGCAGCAAUGACUACUCCCAUCGACUCCCUAUUGGCUGGCUAGAGACAGUGGAUAAGAUUGACCAGCAAUGGAUCGGGCAACAUCUUUUCGCCAGCAAGGGAACACUAGUCUCCAAUCUAAAGACUUAGUGGCACCCGCCUCCAAUUUCAGGGCCCAAUUUGAAAGCAAAGCCAGUUGCCGAAGCAUAUUUCUGUUCACGAUUUUUCCUUUGGAUGCCCAGGAAAAUGUGGACAUUCGAUUUCAAAUGCCCCGCUUGCAGUGGCUCCCCAUCGUUAACUUCAAAAGGAUUAUACAACCGAGUACGUAAUGUCAUCGAUCUGACUUGUCGCUAUUACCUCGGAGCUGAAUAUUUGGAGUGUCGGUCAUGCCGCGGCACAUUCAUAUCACAUGACGCGCGUUUACUUGGCCAACUCCCAGAUGCCUACCAAGUUCGCUUUCCCGUCAUACUGACCAGAAAGUAUGCAUGCGAUAAGGCAGUGGUCCAUCUGAUGCGCGCGAGAACAUUGGGAAGCAGCCCUUCCGCCGUGUGCUACGACGUACAUGAGAUGCAAACCGAAGACUGGAUGCGAAGAACAAUCUCCUACUUGACUGAUUGCGAGCGACACAGAAAAAGUCAUCAACAGCUGAAUUUAUUGUCGUGCAACUAUCGAGAUCCUCCAGAUUUUAAAUCGCCUCCCACUCCUAAAUGGUUCUUAGCUACUCAUAUUCGUGACGUGUGGAUGCGCUUGCCUUGGCUGAAGGCUAGUGCUACAUCUGUGUAUGGAGAAGUAUUGAAAAUCGAUUCGACCAAAAAAAUCACACGUAAACUUCAGGGUAAGGGAGCUAAAUCAGCAUCCUGGUGCACUAACAUUGGCAACCAGCGUGGCGAGAUCCUCAUUUCUAUAAUGACCACUUCUGAAAGUCUUUCUAAUCUGAGUCGCAUGGCUGAUGGCUUAGUCGAUCGAUACGCCAAGGCCCUCCAGCCCAACCCCUUUGUUUUGUACACCGACAGGGAUUGCUGCAAAGCGGAUGAAGAAAAGUCCAAAUUCCAACGGCUUUUCCACCGCUGGGAAAAUUUGUUAGUGCGUCUCGAUUCGUGGCAUUUAAUGAGGCGGAUUUCUAAAGCCUGCAGCAACGAGCCUCCUCCUCUGUACGGGAUUUUCAUGUCGAAAUUAUCCGGUGCCAUUUUUGAAUGGGAUGAAAAAGAUGUAAACCUUCUUCGUCAAGCAAAGUCUAAUGAAUUGGUAUUGGCUGGUUUAAGGAAUCCUUCUGCAGAUGCCGUUAACAAGUCGAUCUCUAAAACUGAACUUGCUAAACAUUGCAAAAGACGAACCAGAGACAGAGACACUACCGUUCACUUAAUAGAAAAUCUUCUUCUUUCUCUUAAAAACGCCACUGACCCUCUUGGCGUACCGUUACUUGGAGGCGAAGCAUGGUCCAUUUGGAAAGAGAAGGUGCGCCACGUUGCUUGCAUCAAAGACCCGGAAGGCUUCCAGUUGUAUACGAAUAUAGGAGACAUUUUGAAAGGUGGCAUAUUGUUACCUGUCUUUAGGUGUGCUCGUGGAACAACAGCACUAGAAAGCUUUCAUUCCCAUUUGAAUAGCUUUAUCCCUGGGACCGUGGCCAACGAUGUCCAUUUUCAAGCAUACGUACUUGAUGGAAUUGUCAGGUGGAAUAGGGAAAGAUCGAUUGCAGCCAUCGAUUCGCCUGGCAGCACACUCCGUUCAUUUGACCAAAAGCUGUUACUGAAAGAAAACAGCCUUCGUUCCACCGUGCUGCAUCAAUCGACACAACCCGCUUAUCAUGCACCAGUAGCUUGAACGGAAGAACUGUUCGGAAUCGAUUAUCUUUAUUCAGAAAUUAAAUCGAGCGUAACGUUGGGUUCAAACAUAGAGAUUGAAAUCGAGGAAGGAUUGGUUGAUGACGACACAUUGGUCGCACCUGAUGAAGAAAGUAGUUUAGAUCCCGAAUUGGAUGUAGCUGUAACGUCGUUCAUGGAAACCACAUUACAAGUUGAUUCUCAUGACACGCAGUCAGACAUUGAUGCUGAGAACCAAUUUGUUGAUUUCAAAUCGAUAGAAGGAUGGGAUAAAGUUGCCACCUUAGUGGCUUUGCUUGUUGAAAUUAAGGGUACAUCUAUAUCGACGUGCGAUGCUGAAAAUAUCGUCUCGAGCUAUGAACAACUGUCUCCGUACGACAAGAAACCUAUUUCCUAUGGCCGUGUCAUCAGAUCACCUCGAGGACGUUUCUGCAGAACCAAAAAUGCAGGUGGACACGUGAGUGUUGAUGCCAUGAAACGCUGUUUUGC